GUCCGCCAUCUGAUCGGGUUAAUCCCAUCAUUGGUGCUUCCAUUGAGAGAAAUUGUGAGAUAAAGCUGUGAGAUUAUGGCCGGACGAAGGACGAGACGUAACACCGCUGCUUCCGCCCAGUCGACGGUGAGGAGUGACCAUCCUGAACAAGGUAUGAUCGUUCCUGUCAAUGGGCUAGAAACAGCGUUGAAUAAUGUGGCUAACAUGAUGGCCAACAUUAUGGAGCGGUUAGAUAAGGCUCUCCCUGGUCUAUCGGGUACCCGAGAUGUCCCUACCGGGAUUCCCCGCCAGGUCCUGCGUACUGCGAGUUCUCCCAUCCUCCAAGAGCUUCAUGAUCUGGAGGAGGUCGAGAGGGAGAGACAGGCCGUCGCUAGAUGCCGGGCGGAGGAGAGAAAGGAGGAGAAGAAAGAGAAGACUCCCAAAGAAGAAGAAAAGGCAGGAAAUAAGAAGCUGUUCAAGAACAAAAAGCAGGGCUUCCCGGAUGGCCCAAAGGGCACAAACCCUGGGACCCCAGAGAAGCACAAAUCUGCCAAUCCUGUCUUCACGUUGCCGGUGGCUGAGGUUAUGGCCCAUGCUGCACAGCAGGGACUCAUGACUUAUCCAACCUAUUCUCAGAAGGUCUGCAAUGUGGAGGACACUGGAAAAUGGUGUGCUUACCAUCGAAAGAACGAUCACAACACAGAGGAUUGCUAUACCCUGAAGAUUGAGAUGGCGAGGCUAAUCCGCCGGGGCCAUCUAAAGAAGUUUGUACAAGAUGGUGACGCGGGAAAUCCCGGGAAUGCUCAGAAUGGGAAGCGUAGGGAUAAGGAGAGACACCACGGGUGUAACUUCAUCAUCGGAGGGAAUACUGGCGGAGACUCAGCCACGAGCCGGAAGAAGUGGGCCAACGCGGCGAUGGUCAAUAAGGUGCUGGUCCUAGAAGGUAAGAAGCUGAAAACUGAGCCAAUUGUAUUUUCCAAUGCUGAUUUGCCAGAAACAAGGGUCCCCCAUAGGGAUGCCCUGGUGAUUACGAUUGAUAUAAUGGACUUUUUGAUCCACAAGACUUUGGUGGAUACGGGAAGUUCCGUUAAUAUCAAGUAUAUGGAUACUUACAAGGCUCUUGGACUAACUAGAGAUAAGUUAUCACCCAUUAAGACUCCGCUGACCGGGUUCACUGGUGACUCUAUUGAAUCAGAGGGGGUAAUCACUCUCCCGGUCGAAAUAGGGGAUACUAAGGCCACCCGGAAGUUGGACAUGGAAUUCGUUGUGGUGGGGAUAAUCUCCAACACAAACAUCAUCCUCGGCCGACCCGAAUUGGAAGAUCUAGAGUGUGUCAUUUCACCUCGUCACCUAUGCAUAAAAUUCCCGACCCCCCAUGGAGUUGGAAUCGCCAAGGGAUCCCAGAGAGUGUCCCGGGCGUGGUAUUUGAAAGCAACUAAACAGCCUGUCAAGUACGAUACCCGAGUGGGAGAGGUAACUGCACAGCUCUUAAGGGCCGAGGAGAGACGUCCCAGAGUAGAAGUUGCCGGCAACAUUGAGGAAGUUGAACUGAAGCCGCGCACGCCGGGGAGGUUAGUCAGAAUUGGCAAGGGCCUGGGGGCUGAACUCAGAUCACGAGUGAUCUCAGUCCUUAGAAGGUUCAGGAAGGUCUUUGUGUGGAGUCCAGCUGAUAUGCCAGGGCUGGAUCACAAGAUUGCAGUUCAUCGCCUUAAUGUUCUGCGAGAUGCUAAACCGGCUCACUGGAUUGUUGUGCUCACUAAUGAGCCUUUGGCGUCACUUACCCGGAGCCCGGUGGCAUCUGCCCGGAUGACCAAGUGGGCGGUCUUCAUCAGUCAGUAUAAUGUGGAGUUCAGGUCGCGCACGUCAAUCAAGGGGCAAGAGCACAGGCCGAUACCCAGGUCUCGAUCCUGCGGAGCAGGUAUUGUCUUGAUCACUCCGGAAAAUUUCCGGAUAUAUUACGCCAUCAGAUUUCAGUUCCGUGUGUCUAACAAUGAAGCCGAAUAUGAGGCCCUGAUCAAUGGACUAAGAAUUCUCGGCAAGUUGGGAGUGUCCAGGGUCAAGGUAUACAGCGACUCCCGCUUGGUUGUGGGACAAAUCAGUGGGGAGUUUCAAGCAAAGGAAGAAAGGAUGAAGAGGUAUCGAGAGUUGUCCUUGGAGAUGUUGGGGAGGUUCGAGUUUAAGCUUGAACACAUACCCCGGGCGCAGAACGCGGAAGCUGAUGUUCUAUCCAAGCUUAGCGCGAAAUCACCAGAGUACAUAAGCAAAUUAGCAACUGUCGAGGAGCUGGCAACCCCGAGUCUUAACAGAGAUGAAGUGUUCAGGGUAUCAGCUGAUCCCCCGGAAUGGUUGGACAGGUUGGAAAGAUACAUUGAGGACGGUGUGGCCCCGGAGGAUCCCCGAAAAGCGCGUUUGCUGCGAAUGAGGGCACCCACCUACAAGGUGCAGGAUGGGCUCCUCUACAAGCGAUCUUAUAAUGGUGUUUUACUCUGCUGCCUCAGGGCAGCGGAGGCGAAGGCACUAAUGGAAGAGAUACACGAAGGAGUAUGUGCUGCACAUCAGGGUCCGUACUCUAUCUCUAGAAGGGCGAUUAUCCAGGGAUAUUUCUCGCCAACGAUGAGGAAGGAUUGCAAAGAAUAUGUGCGCUAGUGCCCAACUUGCCAACAAUUCCAGAAUAUGCUCGGGAGGCCAGCCACAAACUACACACCCAUCAGCUCUGUGAUUCCCUUCU